AGAAAGUGAUUGUUGAGAAGCGUUCAAAAGCGCAGAUCUCUUUGACCAGCACAGUGCGUUGAUAGUCGUUACUUCUUACGGAUCAGCCGCAGCACAUCUCCAAGAUGUUCACAAGAGUCUCGUGGGUCGCUGUGACAGUAAUUGCACUAUUUUGUGUUUUUACCUCUGCUCAAUUUGUAUCACAGGUCUGUUUAGGCUGUUUGUGCGAAGCGAGUUCAGGAUGUAACACCACUAUUGGGUGUUCUGGAUCCGUAUGUGGACCCUUUGGCAUAACAUGGGACUAUUGGUCUGAUGCUGAUAAACCAACUCUAAACGGCGAACCACUUAGCAUCAAUGCUUAUUCCAGAUGUGCCAACGAUCCCAACUGUGCUGCUGAUACAAUAAAAGCCUACAUGGCCAAAUUCAGCCACGACUGCACCGGAAAUGGAGUGAUCGACUGCGAAGAUUAUGUGCGUAUUCAUCAUCUUGGCAUAUUCGGCUGCAACGGUACACUAAACUCCCAAUUAGAGAAGAAAUUUAAAUUGUGUUUACAAGUCUUUCAAAAUUAAUACUAUAUGUAUGUUAUUCUACCAAUAACAGUAAUUACACUGUAGAACGUCAUUUUGCGUCACGAAUAUGAAUAGUCAUUACCGACGUAUUUUUGCCUGCUGAACACGAAUCCAUUGGCAAAAGUUGGCUAACACAAUUUUAAGAAAAAUAAAAUCAUCGUUUUCGAUCUCUUUAAUCUUUCGAGAA